GCACUGAGUCAACUCGCCGUUUACACCACUUUGUCCCUCUGGGCUUGCCGUCAGUCACGUGAUACAAGCAGGAAGUGUCGCCUGUGUCUGUGCUGCAGCGAUGGCUCCGGAUCCCUGGUUGUCUACGUAUGAUGCCACCUACCACAUUGCGCAGGAGAUUGCAGAGAAGAUCCAUGAGCGGAACCACUACCUAAGAAAUGGAGAGAACCCUGUCAAGAUAAAUAUCACCGUGAGGUCCCUCAUGAAAAGACUAAAUGAGAAUAUUGGACAACUGAGGGAGUCCUUGCUGAGAUCGGUCUCGACACGUCAGAUCACACAGCUGGAGGGAGAUCGAAGACAGAACCUUGUAGAUGAGCUCCUGACAAAAGAGCGUCAACUUGAAAUAUCUUUUAAAAGUGAAGGCACAGAACCAGAUGUCAUAAGGUCGAGUCUGAUGACAGGUGGCGCUGCUGGCCCAUCGCAAUAUAACCGAUGGGUGAUGGAGGAACCUGAGGAGACCAGAGGAUUAGGGAUCAGUGAAAUCAAGCAACAACAGCAGCACAUUAUAGCAGAGCAAGAUGCUGGCCUGGAUGCUUUAUCAUCCAUUUUAGCCCGACAGAAACAGAUGGGUUAUGACAUUGGAAAUGAACUGGAUGAGCAGAAUGAGAUCAUCGAUGACCUGGCAAACCUUGUAGAAAACACAGACUCAAAGGUCCGCAAUCAGACGAGACAUGUGAAACUGGUGGAUAAGAAAUCCGGAUCCUGUGCCAUGUUGGUGGUUAUCGUUUUACUCUUCAUUGCCAUAGUAGUGGUGGCAGUUUGGCCAAGUAAAUAACCAAGUGGGUGAGGAACCGCUUCUACAUUCCCAGCAGCAAUGGCCCCUUACUACCUAUCCUGCCAGUCUGGUGAGAGGUUGUAGCAAACAGGAACUUUGUUUUCUUACACAGAUUUUAUAACAUGUUAAAGGGCUUAAAACCCAAUAUAAUUCACCCAUAACCACCUUCUUUGUCUACACUGGGUGCCUCCUGGUCACUGAUGCACAAUAACGAUGAGCUUGUGAAUGAAGCUUUGUCAGUUUUUCCCCAUUUGUAAAAUGUACCAUGCCACCUGGUCUUAGGCGGGAGAAAGCCAUCCGGCUAUAAACUCCAUCAUAAACUCCGUCGCAGAGGAACCUGGCAGUGAAUCGGUUACAGUCUGGUCUUUUCUUUCUCUUCAACGGCUGCAAUAACUUAGUACGUUUCAAAAUAAUAUAUACGAAGUGCAUAUAAAUAUCCACAGACUCGCAAGGCCGACGCCCAUCCAUUUGCAGACCUGCGUGACAUGGAGUUACCUGAAAACAGCUGUUUUAUACUUGCUAACGACCAAGUGAAUCUCUCAGCUCUGUAUUAGGCAUUUAGCUGUACAGAGGGGAAAAAAAAGUAUAAUAAAAUUUGGGAACAUACAGAUACAAGAAGAUAGAGCAGCCCUGUGCUUGGGCCCUUCUUAGGUUAAUGGAUGCCAUGUCAUUCAUAUCUAAACUACUGGCUUCAUAUGUAAGAUGGAGAAAAGAAAAAAAACCUCAGGAGUAAUUUGGUUUUCUAAAAUGCUUUUACCUGCAGCUGGAACACGUAGAUGCGGAACUGUAGGUAGCCCCAAUGUCUCCACAGCAAAAGCCUUCCUGAUGCCACGUUGUGUGCAUAUUAUUCAAUUGCAAAGGAAAUAUCUGUUUUUUCAUCAUUUUUGAUUUUGUAAACAUAAUACCUUAGUACUAGGCCACAAACGCAUUGUAAAGUGCAAGCAUCAGUUACUUUUCAAUAAAAAUAACUUGUCAAGUACAUUAUUCUGGGAAAUAGCAAUGCCCAGUUCUGUUAUAGUAUUAUGUGAACAUGUGAACACGUUUCUAUCAUAAUGUGACCCUGGUCAUUUUCUGUCCUGUCCUAAAAAUCAGGUAUUUCAAUAUCACCUAAGAACGGAACAGUUCCUAUACACGUGCAUAACUAGACGCUCCGAGAGACUGCUCACCCCCAAAACAGUCUGUAGAGUAGUGGUUUUCCCAAGGCUCACAUUGUUUGAGUAGUUCCAUAUGGAAUACACAUCGCGGGCAAUUUAUAAGCAUCCACAUACAUUUCUCAACAAUCUUCAGCUGACAAAUCCAACACUGUGAAAUGAAAAACCUGUUGAGUUGAAGAAAAAAGGAAAAGGGGGGGAAAUGUUAUAACAGAAGUGUUUUAAGAUGUAGCCAAAAUUAUAAGCAGGAGUGCACGCUGGAUUCUUAAUACAAUUAAUUAAAGUAACUCGCUAUGAACCUUGUUGCAUGUAGUAAUAAUAUUAUAGAGACUGUGUUUGUUAACUAUGUUGCUGCCUCAUAAGAUGUGUUUAUUUAUUUUAUUUCUUUAGUAUAUACGUUUGCAAACACUUCCUGUCAUUGUUAUUCUGGGGCCUGUUUAAUGUGCACAAAUAUGGUGUAGCCUAUAGUAGCCAAUUAAGUUGUAUGUGGUAUUUUUCUAGUACUGUUAAUGAAUAAAGAUUAAUAUUUUAUUGGUUGC